AUGCCUUUGCUUAUGUCUCGAAAGUCGCCAGAGUCAGAAGCCUCUACCUCCUUCCGAGCUCGCUCUAGCGGCUCCUCAUCACAUCACCGUUCUGAACGACCAUCUUCACAGAAAGCAGCUGAACUUCGCGCACGAUACGAAAUGGCACAAGCUAUUCAAAAGCCCUGGCCGCUUCACCUGCUCGAGAACGGUGUCAAACCUGCUGCUGCCUCAUCCUCGCCACCCCCUUCCACUUCUACCGCCGCGGCUACUAGCAGCUCUCGAAGCACACGAUCCUCUUCAGCAAACAAGUCUUCCACGCGAUCCUCUUCAGCAAACAAGUCUUCCACGCGAUCCUCUUCAGCAAACAAGUCUUCCACGCGAUCCUCUUCAGCAAACAAGUCUUCCACGCGAUCCUCUUCGUCAACACGACGCGAAACUCGAUCUGGUGCUGCUGCCGCGGUUGCUUCCACCCAUGCCGAGCUAGCCGCAAUGGACGCCGACGCAAGGUCAAGCAAGAAGAAACGCAAUUCCGCCAACUCUUUGGACAAGUUGUCGCUCUCUCCAACACUAAGCAACUGGAUCAAGAGAGCUAGCAAGGACUCGGACAAAAGCACGAGCAGCACAAGUAGCAGCGGUCGAUCUAGCAGUCCCCCUUCUUCUUUGGCUACUUCGCCGUUGUCCUCUCCCAAGGACCUUUAA